GUGACGUCAUUUUUGCGACGGAAGCAGUUCUAUCUAAAACAUUCUGGCUGAUUCAUUGUAGGCAGUCGAGCUGAUUAGCUUUUCUGCAUUAAGGCGGUCUGUUAUCUCUUAAAGCUGACAACCAAAAGAUCCUGACAUGGACCGUCUGUUGAGACUUGGAGGUGGAAUGCCAGGGCUUGGCCAGGGCCCCCCAACAGAUGCACCAGCUGUGGACACAGCGGAGCAAGUCUAUAUUUCAUCUUUGGCACUGCUCAAGAUGUUGAAGCAUGGACGUGCGGGUGUUCCAAUGGAAGUCAUGGGAUUGAUGCUGGGAGAAUUUGUUGAUGACUACACAGUGCGAGUUAUCGAUGUGUUUGCCAUGCCCCAGUCUGGAACCGGUGUGAGUGUGGAGGCAGUGGAUCCUGUAUUCCAAGCUAAGAUGUUGGACAUGCUCAAGCAGACCGGCAGGCCCGAGAUGGUGGUGGGUUGGUACCACAGUCACCCUGGUUUUGGCUGCUGGUUAUCUGGGGUGGACAUCAACACCCAGCAGAGCUUUGAGGCGCUGUCAGAGAGAGCUGUUGCAGUGGUGGUGGAUCCCAUUCAGAGUGUCAAAGGAAAGGUUGUCAUUGAUGCCUUCAGACUGAUCAAUGCCAAUAUGAUGGUGCUGGGUCAUGAACCAAGACAAACCACAUCAAAUCUGGGUCAUCUGAACAAACCCUCAAUCCAGGCUCUGAUUCAUGGACUGAACAGACACUACUACUCAAUCACCAUUAAUUACAGGAAAAAUGAGUUGGAGCAAAAGAUGCUGCUGAACUUGCAUAAAAAGAGUUGGAUGGAAGGUCUCACCCUUCAGGAUUACAGCGAGCACUGCAAACUGAAUGAAACCAUUGUCAAGGAAAUGCUGGAACUAGCUAAGAACUACAACAAGGCUGUUGAAGAAGAAGACAAAAUGACACCAGAACAGCUGGCAAUCAAGAACGUUGGCAAACAGGAUCCCAAGAGGCACCUGGAAGAGCACGUAGACGUGUUAAUGACAUCUAACAUUGUCCAGUGUCUUGCCGCCAUGUUGGACACUGUCGUUUUCCAGUGAUGUUUAUAACUGUUAAUAAAUACAACCAUUUUUUUCCUUUUAUAUAAAAUAAAUGUAUGUAUAGAUGA